UUCGUUCAGUAGGCUACUCCCGUGUGACGCAAGAUUGAACAUAGACGAGAGCGUGGUAGCAAUCUCCGGGACCCCUAGUUGCAGCGCCACGUCGGCAGAGUGGAUAGUCAGCCUACUGUGAUGAUAAAUAGAGACUCAUUGAAUGUUGACGUGUUGGGUUAGCUUAAAAAAAAAAAAAACUAGCUUUCGAUUGCAGCAUUAAGUGUAGAGGUGCUGUCUUUAUUUGGAACAUUUGUGAGAGUUUGGUGUAGUUGUCUGUCUCCACUGUUUGAGCUGGGAUAUUUCCUGAAAAAUGGUGAAGAACGCCAUCGCAGAUACUCAGCACGGAAGCAGUAAUACUCAAGUGGGGCCUGAGAUGUCAGCUGGUGAAGCUACAGAUGACGGGAAGGAGCACCCUCAGACGCCGCCGGGCGUGGUCUGGAGAGUGACAGGCGGCCUCCUCAGCGCCACCAAGGGGGUGGUGGGCGCCACAGCGGGCGGCGUGGCCUGGCUGGGCGGGAAGGGCCUGGAGAUCACCAAAUCAGCCGUGACCUCCGCUCCGUCCGUGGGGAUUGGCCUGGUGAAAGGGGGCGUGUCUGCGGUGGCAGGAGGCGUGUUCUCGGUGGGAUCUACGGUGGCCAACAAGGUUCCGUUCACAAAAAAAGCAAAGGACAAAGCAGAGUGAGGAUCUGCCCCAUGCCCCAGCCCCCUGCCCCCUGCCUCAGCCUUCUGCCCCUGCCCCUGCCCCAGCACCCUGCCCCCUGCCCCCAGUCUCCUGUGCCUUAAGACUCAUGGUCUCUCUGCAACCAAUCAGAAACGAAGCAGAACUCUUCUGUUUGCGUGUGUGUGUUCGUGUCAGUGUGUGUGCGCUCAUGCAGUCGCUCUCCCCUGCAGUUUGUGUGUCUGUGUGUUAUUUUUUUCAAAGGCGGCUUUGACUGUUUUUGUGCAAUAUGGGAGUUAUAUGCAUAAUUCACUGCCAUUCGUUCCCAGCAACAAACAAACACCUGUUAGCAACCGACAGAGGUGCAAUCUGAUUACUCAUCUCCGAGAUGUUUGAGCUCUGGGCUACGGAUGUGAGUCACAGAUGUGAGCUUCGGGCUAUGGAUGUGAGUCACAGAUGUGAGCUCUGUGGUCUAAUUGGACACUAAUGGGGUUUCUGUGCGUUUGGGCCUGACCAGAGGUGAGGUUCAGUAUGUCAUAAAGUCAUACCCAGUAUUUUGUUCCAAUCAACUGGAUUAGCUCAAUUCUUCAGCCAGGAGGUGGAACUAAUUGGUUAAAUCAAUGGUUGAAGUGAGUUCAUGGGAGGAAGAAACGCACGGCAGGACUUUUACUUUCUGAACCCUGGACGCCUUUCUAGCUCUGACCUGACCUGGCCUGGUGCUGCUGGUGCUUCACAUCAUGGUACAUGUUAAAAUGAAAAGCCAAGUGAUCUACAUGUGACACUGCGUAGGGAGUGUUUUCUCUCAUAAAGAAACCCAUCAGUAAAUAAAUGAACAGACAGGACCCCGUUUCCUUUAUGCCCUUUUCAUCAGCAGUGGCCAAAUGGAGAGAGCAGAGCUGAGGCCUUGCGUGGUGUGGCUGUUCCUGGAUCAGCGGCUUAUUUGCUGACUGCGUGAGCUUAGCAUCUCGGAUUGGCAUACUAUUAUUCUCAAAGCGAAAUAAUUUCAGGCUUUUCUCGUGCAGACCUGCUCAGGGUAAACUGACAUGUUUUCCAUUAUAUUUGUAUUUGAGAUUUCCAUACACAGUCUGCUUUUUCAGUGCAAAUGUUGGGGUUUGUCUCCUCCAAGACCCGGGGAGUCAGUCCGCCGCAGGGGUGCUU